AUGUUUGUAGCUAGAAAGAACUCGAUUACCACAAUGAUCCAUGCCGAGAAUGGCGAUAUGAUCGAAUGGUUGACAGACAAACUCGAGGAAAAGGGCAUGCUUGGGGCAGCUAAUGUCCGUCGGGCACAAACCAUGGGAUUACCGAUUUAUGCGUGCCCCCAAUAUUUCCAUUUGACUUGGGAUGAUCUGAAACGCUUCCACUCUCCCACUUGCUUCGAGAACAGCAAAAUGAUCUGCUCGCCACCUCCGCCACUCAGUGUGUCCGACCAUGAAGAUCUCUUUGUUGGUCUUGCAAAUGGUACGUUCACGAUCUACUCCUCAGACUACUGCCCUUUCCGCUAUGAUCAUCCCCAUGGGAAGCCAUCCGGAGUGCUUGAGCAUGAGCCUAGUAUGGAAGGCGAACUUGAAUAUCAGCAUAAAGGAAAGGAAUUGCAAGACCUCUUGCGCCGCAAACAGGGUGCAUUCCGUUUUAUUCCCAACGGGAUCCUUGGCGUGGAGACACGAUUGCCUCUGCUAUAUACUGGAGCACUAGCAAAGGGUCGGAUUUCACCGCAGAGAUUUGUCGAGUUGACAUCUACUAAUCCUGCAAAAUUGUAUGACAUGUACCCAAGGAAAGGCGCGUUGAUGCCUGGAUCUGAUGCCGACUUGUGGCACCCGGAUGAGACUUUCAGACCGUUCCAUCUCACCGACUCCAUGCUCCAUCACAAUGUUGAUUACACACCGUAUGAAGGAACUGAAUUCAGCAACUGGCCUCGAUAUAAGGACUUACAUCUUUCCGAGAUCACUCCGAUUCUCUGUGGAAAGAUCAUUUGGGCGAACGGGGAAAUCGUGGGGAAAGUACAGGAUGGAAAGUAUGUGAAGCGUGGUCCUAGCCUGUUGAGUCAAGGAUCGCCUCGCGCCGAUCGAGACCCACGGCGUGUGGCAUCUUGGUUAUAUGAGUAA